UACUUUAGUGGUGCUCUGGCUGAUUGGUCCCUUUCGCACGUGGAAACGAAAGUUUGAAUGACAUCGCAAAUAUGAGGCAUGACGCCUAAUUCCAUUGAGACUUGAUUAUUUCGGUCAAUCUCAAUGGAUUCAAUUAUAUUGAACAUGGCAACAACCCUUCCUUGGCCUGUCUAUUUAAUAACAGUGGCUGGUCUCCAGUAUUAUAUUGUCAGUUCGUCAAUAUUAACAGUCGAAAAUCUUCCGCUAUUUCAAUUGCCCUUCUAGUUCCUCGAUUUUACCAGAGCCAGACGACUCAACCGUUGGCCUACGUCAUGAUCACCAUCGCUUCCAUUCGACCCCGUGUGUCGACCUUCCGCUCACUUCAAAGACUUUCAACCAUCCAAACCAUCAACAUUUCGUCAAAAUCACCGCUUGAUCAAAGGAGGAUAACAGAGGAGCGCAGAAAAAGCAAGGCUCCGCAAAAUGAGAGUUUAGAGCCUAAUCCCUCCUACCCAGCUUUUAGUCUCAACUCUCUGGGUCUUAGCAAAAGAACCAAGGUGGUCGUAAUGGUAGUUCUGAGCAUCUUUGGUACCAUUGAGACUUGGGUUUGGUGUAAAGCCAUCUGGAAAUGGAGAAAGGGUCGUCAAGAAGCAGAACAGUGACCCUCUUCCGGCCAUGCAUCACAGAUAUCAAACUUUGAUUGCUUCUUCCUUGCCCUAGCCAUAUGCAUGUAUUCAUGCCUAGAUAGGGUUGUGUGCUAUCACUAGCACUAGCUUCCGAGAAUAAACAGUCUGUCAUCCUCGGGAAUGCAUGCAGACGCAUAACCAUUGUUACAAAUAGUACGAAAUGAUU